AUGCCCGAGGGCUACACGAUCUCAGUGCCCACGGCACUCCAUGGCCUUCGAUGGGCAGCUGAGGCAAUCCUGGGUAAAGUUCUUCGUAAUUUGGUGGUAAGCAUCGACCGGCAGCGGAAGACAUUGACCACCAAGAAUGGCCAGAGCGUUCGCUUUAGUAAGCUCGUGGUCACUGCCGGCCCAUGGACAAAUCAAAUCCUCCAAGGUGCAGGCCUGCGCGGCCUUCCGAUGAUAGUGUCCAACGAGCAGACUGUCGAGUUUCAGCCAAAGGAGGGCGCCCCGUCGCACGACUGGUCCGACUUUCCGCUCUUCACAUGGAGCGAGGCAGGUUACAAAGGUCGCAACGAAGACGGUGGAUGUCUAUAUUUCUAUACCACACCGCACUGCCCGCUGGCAAGCAGUGGCUCGCAGGGCGUGAAGGUCGGCUUUCAUCGGCAAGGACCCCUGCUGGACACUGACGAGUUUGUGGUUACGCCUGAGGGCCGGGCUUCAAAGGACCAGCUACCGAACAUUCGCAAGGAGCUUCGGACUCAGCAGGAGUACGACUGGGAUGAUUUCUCGUUGUCCAAAAUCAAGGCUUUUCUCAAGGCAAAGAUGCCUGGCUUGGAUGCUGACCAUCCAAUUGGGUACAUGCGAUGCUUGUACCAGCUCACUCCAGACCUGCAGAUGAUUGUGGGACGACAUCCAGACGAUCCGAAUGUGGUUCUGGCCUGCGGCUUCAGCGGCUCCGGUUUCCAGUUUGCGCCCGCGAUCGCCGACCGCUUGUGA